UUUUAAGAAAGUUUUUAACGAGAUAUUCAUAACAGCGAAGUCCAUCAAAAUAUCAUUGGACGUAUCAGGACGUAUAAUCGAUAUAGUAUAAUGGAGGGCGGUGAGAAUAAUCAGCUGGUCAGUCUGCUAAUGGACAUGAUGUCGAGUCAUCCGGAAACUGUAGGCAAGGCCACAGAGGAGCUGAGUAAUGGAUUCAUGGAUAGUGCGAGUAUCGUUCAAUUGUGCACAGUGUUGAGCAAUCCGAAAAAGUCGACCGAGUUGCGCAAGUGUGCCGGUGAAAACCUUAAGAAACGACUGACGAAACGCGUGACUUGGGAGCAGCUAUCAGCCGAGAAUCGAUUGAAGAUUCAAUCGGAGCUAUUUGCGGCAGUCAAUUUGAUGAAUCCCGAUGAUGAUGAGGAGCUACCGUCGAUAGUUCUUCAAAAUCUAGGCUACGUAAUGAAUUAUGUGCGAGAAGAAGAUGUGGAGCCGAACGAAUGGAACGAGUCGAUAUUCAAUCAUAUUGAAUCGCUGUGCUUGGCUCAAGACAAAUUGUCGCAGGCCUUGGGCUCCAUAAUAUUCAAGUUGUUGGUCAAGACGUCGCCAAAGAUGUUUCAAAACUACCUGGAACGGGCACAUCGCAUCUUUAUGCAGACAGCGCAGAUGGCGGAGGCACAGGAGAGUCUUUCGACGAUGGCAACGGAGCAACUGCUCGCUGGCUGGGCAAUGAUCAUUCCACUGUUCUCCAAGCUGCCCAAUCAACAGGCAAAUCUGGAGUCUACAUUGCCGCAUAUCAUGAAGAUGACCCGUGCAUCGGCUUAUCGACAGGAUUCGCCUUGCGAUUGCCGAGGAUUUAAUGUGCUGCUGAAGUUGAACAAACAUAUGCCGGAGCUGGUGUCGCCGCAUCUGCCAUUGGUGAUGGAUGAACUAUACGUUCUGGCGAAUGACACAAGUCUCAAUAACAAAAUCCGUGUCCAGGCAAUUGUGGCCAUUAGGAGCUGCGUUCGCAGCAUGCGUCGCCACAUCAUUCGACUUAAGAUGAUGGACAAGCUGCUGAUGACGCUGCACGGUCUGUUGUCUGUCUUGCCUGCACUCGAUGAGAGUGGCGAGGAGCUUUACUUGGGCAACACCCUCGCACCAUUCUCCCCACUUGCCGAGGCGGCACAAACCAUCCUCUAUGUGGCGGGGAACUCGGACACCAAUCGUGUCGCGGAAAGAUCUUUGCGUCUGAUGCAACCGCAGUUGGAGCAACAGGACUCGCCGUUGCGACGUCUGGGUGCUUUACUAUUUCUGGCUCUAUUGGCCAAAGGCUUUAUGGAUUUACUCUCAGAUGGCCCACUGGAACGCUUCCUGUCCGCCGUCGAUAAGGGCAUUCACGAUACUGAGCUUGUGGUUCGACGAGGUGCCUUCUUCACCCUGGCCAUGAUGGCCGAGAACUUACAACCGGAGAUUACACGACUCGCACCCCGCGUCCUGCCUCUCUUCCAUUGCUUUUUCGACAUGCUCAGCGACGAGCAGCGUCGUACUGCCACUGAUACGGACUUCUAUACUCGCAUGUUCUGCACCCUUGAGAUCUACUGUGAAAGCCUAAGGCCGGAGAUCCUUAAGCCCCAUUUGGGAGAAGUGAUGAAGCGACUUAUGCGAUUGUCCGAGCCAGACAACAAUUCGCCGGCGCUAAGACAGAUGUCCCUGAGUAGCAUCGCCUGUUUGGCAAAAAGUACAAAGGAGUUGUUUAAUCCUCACUUCGAUGAGGUCAUGAGUGUUUCUCUACCCUUAGUCAAGCAUACGCCCGAUGAGGAUCAACUGCUUCUAAGAACUCACGCCAUACAGGUUAUUAACUCGCUGAGCUCGGUCAAUGCUGACAAGUUCGCCAAGGAGGCACCGAAGCUACUGGAUAGCUGCAUGGAUAUGAUUAAUCAUAUGGCAGGAGCAGAGGUGUUUACCUACGAGCUGUUCGGAGUGCUCUCUGGCUGCAUACCGAAACAGGUGACCCCGCACUUUUCGCUUAUCAUGAAUGGACUGUUGUCCUGUAUCAAGGAGGCGGCCUCCAUAAAUAAAGCGAGCGAAGGCAGCACAGACAGAGAUGAUGAGAGCGAUGAAGAUGAGGAAGGGGAAGGGGAUAAUGAGAAUGACGAUGACGAAUCUGGAGAUGAUGAUACCGAUGAAGAGUCUAGUGUGCGGGGUGGUCACGGCGAUCAGACAGAUGUCGAGGCCAGCACGAUGAGUGCCAGCAAUACCGAGAGUGCCAGCAGCACCAACUAUCUGAAUGGUAACGAUGAGGCCAUAAUGUGUCUCAAGGCAUUUGCCGUGAACAUGCCCGAUGCACUGCUGCCAUAUCUAUCGGAGUCGAUGCAACGUGUCAUGGCAUCCGCGAACAAUAUGCAAGAGUGCGACAAAUGGUUGGCAUACGAGGCACUCACUCAGUUCAUCUUGCUCUAUGUGCGUCAGGGUCACACACAGGAGGCGAAGAGGCACUGCCUGCAGAUUCUGCCAGCCAUGGUCUAUUUUAUACAGACGGCCAAGGAGACGGUCAACGUGGUCAAUGUGAUGAAGUGCAUCCAUCAGUUGCUUGAAGCUCUCAAGACGGAGGCAUUGGGCACAGAAGGUUAUGCCGAUAUGGUAUUUGUGAUGCUUCGUCGCACCUUGCGUCGCAAGCUGAACUGUCAGUUCAACAUUGGCGUCGACAUGGAGAUGGAGACUCUGGAGGAAUGGAGUCAGGCCAUGCACGCCGAGCAUCAGGUGAUGGAGGCUGCCAGCAAUUUGAUUCCCAUCUUCGGAUACACGAUGCGAAAGCGUCAGUUUGCCGGAUAUUUCCAUACGAUCAGCAAGAGCUUUGUGAAGCACCUUCGUGCAUGUCAACCGACCGGGCAAGUGUCCAGAUCUCAGUUUCUAAUCUACACCAUGAUAGCUCGCAGCAUGGAGCCCCUGGGCGUGAUUGCCGAGCAAUAUUAUGAUGUUCUUUGCUACAUCAUAUGCGAUUGCAUGAUGGAUAAGAGGAAGCAUAUUCGCAAACUUGCAAUUGAACUGAUGGACUGGGUGCUGACCCAUUCCAAUGAAUACAAUAAUGCCGAAACCAUCAUUCAGGCAACAAUUGCUAUUUUCCAGGAAGCCCUUCAUCCAGAGUCGCCCCUGGAGAAGGACGAACGAGAUUUGCUCUGUGGCAUUCUGGCACGCAUGAUCCGCAUCGACAGCAAGUCCAUCGUCAUGGAGAUGCUGAUGCCGAUCUUCUUUCUUGGUCUGCCGCUGCAUGAGAAAUUUGAAUCCUACACAGAGGUCGUGCCGGCAUUGCAUACACUCUAUAAGACACGAAUGGAUCUGCUGAAACCGCAUUUAACUACAGCUUUAGAAGUCCUACUGGGCUCACUGCACUCAAAGCAGCUGCCCAAUGAAGAUAUACGCCAAUUGGCCAUCGAGCUGGUCAAGUCCAUUAAGGUAGAUCACGAGUCCAUCUAUGAAAAUGUUGAUAACAAGUUGGAUGAGGCGAAAGUCCUCAUAGUUUAAGAUUACACAAAUCAGACAAACUAGACAAAAGGUAAACAAAAUUAUUACGUAUCUAUGUUGAAUUAUUGUGUUGGAAAUCUACAAGAACCGUAGAAUUAAGUGUAAGAAAUUCUGGUACUUAUCGAACUGGCAAAUAAACUAAAUUUACACAUUCCUUACGCAA